AAAGAUGGAAAUCUUUCCCCUCUUCAUGAACAGAGAGAGGGAAUGAGUUUGCAGGAGAGACUGAAUGACUUACAAAGAAGUAUAAAACUCUCUUCUAGUUCUCUGUUAAAUGAUGUCAUUCAUUAAACAAGAAGCAUACGCACAAAACAGUAAUGGACCUGUCAAAAUAUCUUCUGCUUUUGAUUAGCACUGGGAUAUUCUCACAGACUUCAUAUAUCAAGUUGUGCUAGUACAACCAUAUAAAUAAGUAAUACCUGAAGUCUCAGUGUAACAUGGACAUUUACAGUGAUGACAGAUAAAUGCAGACGCUUGGGAAUCAAAUACUAGGCGAAACACUUUUAAAAAAGAAAGGAAUUUAGGAAGUUCUAGUAUUCUCCAUGGCUGAAGCUGAGAGUCUGAAACCAUGAUGCUUAAGCUCUAUUCUAGAUCAUAGCUCCAACUCCUUCAGGAUAUAAGGAAAAGAGAUAAUAUUUCCACAAUGAUAGAUCUUUGGUUGUACAGGUUUCCCAAUGAGUGGAUCAUGAUGACCGUAUUGUAGGGACUUGCCAUAGUAUGGCUGCUUCCCGAUCUACUCGUGUUACAAGAUCAACAGUGGGGUUAAACGGCUUGGAUGAAUCUUUUUGUGGUAGAACUUUAAGGAAUCGUAGCAUUGCUCAUCCUGAAGAAAUCUCUUCUCAUUCUCAAGUACGGUCAAGAUCACCAAAGAAGAGACCAGAGCCUGUGCAAAUUCAGAAAGGAAAUAAUAAUGGAAGAACUACUGAUAUAAAACAGCAGAGUACUCGAGAGUCAUGGGUAAGCCCUAGGAAAAGAGGACUUCCUUCUUCAGAAAAAGAUAACAUAGAAAGGCAGUCUGUAGAAAAUUGUGAAAGAAGGCAAACAGAACCUGUUUCACCAGUUUUGAAAAGAAUUAAGCGUUGUCUUAGAUCUGAAGCAGCAAACAGUUCAGAAGAAGAUUCACCUAUAAAAUCAGACAAGGAGUCAGUAGAACAGAGGAGUACAGUAGUGGACAAUGAUGCAGAUUUUCAAGGGACUAAACGAGCUUGUCGAUGUCUUAUACUGGAUGAUUGUGAGAAAAGGGAAAUUAAAAAGGUGAAUGUCAGUGAGGAAGGGCCACUUAAUUCUACAGUAGUUGAAGAAAUCACGGGCUAUUUGGCUGUCAAUGGUGUUGAGGACAGUGAUUCAGCUGUUGUAAACUGUGAUGACUGUCAGUCUGAUGGGAACACUAAACAAAAUAGCACUGGUUCCUAUGUGUUGCAGGAGAAAUCAGUAGCUGAAAAUGGGGAUUCGGAUACCCACACUUCAAUGUUCCUUGGUAGUAGGAAGGAGGACAGUUAUAUAGACCAUAACGUGCCUUGCACAAAUUCAGAAGUGCAGGUCAAAUUGGAGGACCACAAAAUAGUAACUGCCUGCCUGCCUGUGGAACAUGUUAAUCAGCUGACUAUUGAGCCAGCUACAGGCCCCUUUUCUGAAAUUCAUUCAUCUUUAAGGGAUUCUGAGGAGGAAGUAGAUGUGGUGGGAGAUAGCAGUGCCUCAAAAGAGCAGUGUAAUGAAAGCACCAAUAACGCCCUGGACCCAAGUCUAGAGAGUAUGCCAGUCUCCGGAGAACCAGAACCAUCUUCUGUUCUAGACUGUAUUUCGGCUCAAAUGAUGUCUUUAUCAGAACCUCAAGAACAUCGGUAUACUCUGAGAACUUCACCCCGGAGGGCGGCCCCUACCAGAGGUAGUCCCACUAAAAACAGUUCUCCUUGCAGAGAAAAUGGACAACUUGAGGAGGAUAAUCUUAAUCCCAGUGAAACAAAUGCACCUGUUAGUGAUAAUAUAAGUGAGUCUCUCACAAAUCCCGAUGAAAUUUCUCACAAUGAAAAAGGCAUAUGUUGUGACUCUGAAAAGUAUGGGAGUGAAGGACUAAGUAAGCCAUCCUCAGAGGCAAGACUCAAUAUUGGACAUUUGCCAUCUGCCAAAGAGAGUGCCAAUCCGCACAUUACAGAAGAGGACGAUGAUGAUCCUGAUGUUUAUUACUUUGAAUCAGAUCAUGUGGCACUGAAACACAACAAAGAUUAUCAGAGACUGUUACAGACGAUUGCUGUACUCGAGGCUCAACGUUCUCAAGCAGUCCAGGACCUUGAAAGUUUAGGCAGACAUCAGAGAGAAGCACUAAAAAAUCCCAUUGGAUUUGUGGAAAAACUCCAGAAGAAGGCUGAUAUAGGGCUUCCAUAUCCACAGAGAGUUGUUCAAUUGCCCGAGAUUGUAUGGGACCAAUAUACCAAUAGCCUUGGGAACUUUGAAAGAGAAUUUAAAAAUCGCAAAAGACAUACUAGGAGAGUUAAGCUAGUUUUUGAUAAAGUAGGUUUACCUGCUAGACCAAAAAGUCCUUUAGAUCCUAGAAAGGAUGGAGAGUCCCUUUCAUACUCUAUGUUGCCUUUGAGUGAUGGCCCAGAAGGCUCAAACAGUCGUCCUCAGAUGAUAAGAGGACGCCUGUGUGAUGAUACCAAACCCGAAACAUUUAACCAGUUGUGGACUGUUGAAGAACAGAAAAAACUUGAACAACUACUCUUGAAAUACCCUCCUGAAGAAGUAGAAUCUCGACGCUGGCAGAAGAUAGCAGAUGAACUGGGCAAUAGGACAGCAAAGCAGGUUGCCAGCCGAGUGCAGAAGUAUUUCAUAAAACUAACUAAAGCUGGCAUUCCAGUCCCAGGCAGAACACCAAACUUAUAUAUAUACUCCAAAAAGUCUUCAACAAGCAGACGACAGCACCCCCUUAAUAAGCAUCUCUUUAAACCUUCCACUUUCAUGACUUCCCAUGAACCACCAGUGUAUAUGGAUGAAGAUGAUGACCGAUCCUGUUUUCGUAGCCACAUGAACACUGCUAUGGAGGAGGCAUCAGAUGAAGAAAGUAUUCCUAUUAUGUAUAGGAAUUUACCUGAAUAUAAGGAACUAUUACAGUUUAAAAAGUUAAAAAAACAGAAACUUCAGCAAAUGCAAGCUGAAAGUGGAUUUGUGCAACAUGUGGGCUUCAAGUGUGAUAACUGUGGCAUAGAACCUAUCCAGGGUGUUCGGUGGCACUGCCAGGAUUGUCCUCCAGAAAUGUCUUUGGAUUUCUGUGAUUCUUGUUCAGACUGCCUUCAUGAAACAGAUAUUCACAAGGAAGAUCACCAACUAGAACCUGUUUAUAGGUCAGAGACAUUCUUAGACAGAGACUACUGUGUGUCCCAGGGCACCAGUUAUAAUUACCUUGACCCAAACUACUUUCCAGCAAACAGAUGACAUGGAAGAGAACAUCAUAUACUAGUCCUCUUCAACACAUAGCAAUGGUAUCAUUGUGAAUUAUGUGCACAGUUUGGAAAGAUUCUCUACUUUCCCUGAAAUGACACUCACAGCAUGACAGCUUCCUGAGUGUUCUCGUCAACAGCUCUGCACCGUUGUGGCUCUAGAUCACUGUUCAGCAGCUGAACAUUCCUGGUGAGCAAAAGGGUUUCCCUGGUGAAAUUCUUACCACCUUAAAGCCUUUUAGGUGGUGAUCUUAAAUGGGUGAGAUGGAAAUGAGAGCACAUAUUAAAGAGAGAGUAAAUUCCAAAGGUUUCAAAGAACUUGGUCAUAAAUAUGCUAAUGAGAAGACAAAGUAUUUAUAUUAAAACAGUUUAGUAGCUUUCAGUUUUGUGAAAAUAGUUUCCAGCACAGAAACUGACUUCCUUAGACAAAGUUUUAACCAAUGACGGUGUUUGCUUCUAGGAUAUAUAAACUUUAAAAGAACUCACUGUCCCAGUGGUGGCCACUGAUGGCCUUUAGUAAAUUGGAGCUGCUUAACCAUAUUGAUGUCUAAUUUCUUUUAACCACAAUGAACUGUCCUUAUUACCAACAGUGAAGCACUACAGGAGGCAACUGUGGCAUUGCUUCCUUAACCAACUCAUGGUGUGUGAAUGUUAUAAAAUUGUCACUCAGAUAUAUUUUUUAAAUGUAAUGUUAUAUAAGAUGAUCAUGUGAUGUGUACAAACUAUGGUGAAAAGUGCCAGUGGUAGUAACCGUGUAAAGUCUCUAAUUCACAACAUUAAUUCCUUUAAAAUACACAGCCUUCUGCCUCUGUAUUUGGAGUUGUCAGUGCAACUCAUUGAAGAAAACUGCCUAAUAGAAAAAUCAUAUAUAUGGUAAUAAUUUCCCUCUUUUGUAGUCUGCACAAGAUCCAUAAAAGAUUGUAUUUUUAUUACUAUUUAAAACAAGUGAUUAAAUUUAGUCUGUGCAGUGAGCAAGAGUUCACAUGCAUUCUUUUAUACUGCUGGAUUUUGUUGUGCAUCAUUUAAAACAUUUUGUAUGUUUCUUCUUAUCUGUGUAUACAGUAUGUUCUUGAAUAAUGUUCAUUUGUCAGGAGAACUGUGAGAAAUAAACUAUGUGGAUACUGUCUGUUUAUAUUA